AGAGGAUAAGAGAGACAGACAGAGAAGAGUUAAACUCCAUUCAAACAAACUGACCAACUUCUGUAUUUAGAGAAGCUGUGAGUGACGUGAGUUUGAUAGCAGAGCAAUAAAGACACGAGAGACAGAACAAAACACACACACAGAGCAGAGAGAGAGAGGCUGAGGGACACACCAAAAAAGGGCUGGAGCUGGAGGUUCUGCUUGCUGGAGAAACACAGACACACAGACAGACGGACUGAAGGACUGGGCUUCAGGAAUCAUGGAGCACGUCUGUGGAUGAGCCGGAUCUCCGCCAUGUCCACGGGCCCCGGGCCCCCAGGGGCCACUCAUGUGAACGAGCCGGAUCCGAGCGCGGCGGGUCACGCCAAGGGCCCCGUGGGCCUGCAGACGCUGCUGGAUCUGCUGGUUGGAGUUUAUCAGGAGUUCAGCUCGACUGCUCUGCUCAGAGAGAAACAUGUGCAGCGCUUCCUACAGUGGGCGGAGCCUCUGGUCAGAGAGGUGAAGAAGACUCGAAUAAGCAGGAAUGACUUUGACAUCUUAAAGGUGAUCGGCCGAGGUACCUUCAGCGAGGUGGCUCUGGCCCGCAUGCGUAACACACAGCAGGUUUACGCGCUGAAGAUCAUGAACAAGUGGAACAUACUAAAGCGUGGAGAGACGGCGUGUUAUCAGGAGGAGCGGGAGGUUCUGCUGAAAGGAGACCGGUUCUGGAUCACUGAACUACAUUACGCUUUCCAGGACGACAAUUACCUCUAUCUGGUCAUGGAUUACUAUGUUGGUGGAGAUCUGCUGACGUUGCUGAGUAAGUUUGGUGAUCGGAUCCCGGAGGACAUGGCUCAGUUCUACCUGGCUGAGAUGGUGAUGGCCAUCGAUUCAGUCCACAGACUCGGUUAUGUGCACAGAGACAUUAAGCCUGACAACAUUCUCCUGACGGCGGAUGGUCAUGCGCGAUUGGGUGAUUUUGGCUCCUGUCUGCGUCUGGAGGAUGACGGACUGGUCCACUCGUCUCUGGCCGUCGGGACUCCAGACUAUCUGUCUCCAGAGAUCCUGCGGGCGGUGGAGGGCGGCGGAGGCUACGGCUCUGAGUGCGAUUGGUGGGCUCUAGGCGUCUGCGCAUAUGAGAUGCUGCUGGGAACCACACCCUUCUACGCCGAGUCCAUCUCUGAGACCUACGCCAAAAUAAUACACUUCAAGGAUUAUUUUGAGUUUCCUCUGGGGUCGGAGGUGUCCGAGGAGGCGCGUUCACUCAUCAGCGCUCUGAUCUGUGACAGGAGUGAGAGGUUGGGCUCACAGGGCUCCGGGGACUUCAGAAAACACCCAUUCUUUACAGGUUUGGACUGGAGUUCCCUUCAUCUCCUCCCUCCUCCGUACCGUCCUGAUGUCUCCGACGCCACAGACACCUCCAACUUCGAUGUGCUAGACGACUGUUUGAGCAACACGGAAAGCAUGAGUGACGUGAUGGAGCGAGCACCGGUUGGGCUUCAUCUGGCGUUUGUAGGCUACUCUUACACAGCCACCAGAGAGACGGGAGCGCUGGACCGCAGCAGAGACAUCAUGAUGGAGAUCAACCAGCAGCAGGAUAGAGAUCAGCUCCACCUGCAGGGAAAACUGAAUCAGGUGUGUCGGCUCAGAGAAUCCAUCACCACUGAGCUGAUGUCACUUCCUGAACUUCCUGCUGAGCAGAACAAACCCCAGCCAAUCAGCAGCAGCGCAGAGACGGAGCAGAGUGACGCACACGCUUACGAGCUACAGAGGCGUCUGCACAAAGCCGAGCACAGGAACACAGAGCUCGAGCAGGAGAUGGCCGGACUGAGAGAGGAGAUCCUCAGACUGACCGCCGGCAAGGACCAAGUCACAGAGCUGUGUGUGUGUCGGCCGCUGCGCUGUCUGGACUCCGUGUGGGACAGCUCAGUGACGUCCCCUGCCUGCCAUUACCCGCUAGUGACCCCGCUGCACCGACACCUGCUGCUCUUCAACAGGGUGCGGAUGCCGCAGGUGAGGAGUGAGUCGUAUCUGCUGGUUUGUGCCGAGGGGACUGAGCUGCAACUGUGGGAGCGACAAUGCAGUGCUGAUCUUUGCUGAAGAACACUAGAUAGACAACAGCAGACGCUUCAGUUAAGCUGCGUGGACUGUGAUCUACUCUAUUGUGCAGUAGUCUGAUCUCUUCUUCUCUGUUCUUCAGUUCCAGUCUAUAAAGCCUUUUCAGCAUCGUGGCCACAUGAUUGAGUGAAUGAUUUAAAUCACUCAAGUUUCCUGCUUUAAACAGCGACUCGCCAGAAAAACGCGCGGGCAUGACUCUGAUUCACUAGUCACGUUUACAACUGUUUCAGCUCCAUAUUCUGAUUGCACUCAUAUUCUGAAUAUGAUGUUUAUAUUCACAAAUAUGGUUGUUUUAGGUCUGAUCUACACAUGUUUUUUUUUUCUUGCUGUUUCUCAAAAGAUUUCCCAAGAGAGUCCAGACGCUGCCAUUUGUUAUGCAGUAUGUGCUCAGUUAUUAUUACACAAUUUAAUUAGAAACUCUUCAGAAAUGCCCCAAAACUCUGACUCCAACUGGAAAGAACUGGGCAAAUGUCAAUAAUAAUAAGUGUUAAUAUAAAUUUUAAUUCAUUGCCACUUCAGAAAUGAGUUUCCAUUCUUUAACACCUUCAGCUAAUUAUUAUCACGGUGUCAUCACCCAUAAUUCUCUGCGGUUUGAGCAUGUGAAUCUCUUUUCAGUGGAUUUUCUGAAUAAGGUGUUUGCAUGCAACAAGUUUCUCGUUAAAACCGCCUUAUUUCAGGAGUGGGAAUCAGAAUUUGGAGAAUUAAAAUAUGUGACCCUGGAGCACAAAAGCAGUCAUAAGCAGCACAGGUAUAUUUGUAGCAAUAGCAGUUGUAUGGGUCAAAAAUUUUUCUUUUAUGCCAAAAAUCAUUAGGAUAUUAAGUAAAGAUCAUGUUCCAUGAAGAUAUUUUGUAAAUUUCUUACCGUAAAUAUAUCAAAACUUAAUUUUUGAUUAGUAAUAUGCAUUGCUAAGAACUUCAUUUGGACAACUUUAAAGGUGAUUUUCUCAAUAUUUAGAUUUUUUUGCACCCUCAGAUUCCAGAUUUUCAAAUAGUUGUAUCUCAGCCAAAUAUUGUCCGAUCCUAACAAACCAUACAUCAAUGGAAAGAAUAUUUAUUCAGAUGAUGAUGAUGUAUAAAACUCAAUUUCAGUUUUUGUGUUCUAAGGUCACAUAUAGUCUUAAACUGAAUCAGGUGAUCAGAUUGAGGUGUUUAAUAUGUGACUCCAUACUAAUCUGAAUAUUGCCAAAUUCUGAUUGAUAUCAGAAUAUUGAUGUGUAUGGCUGUAAAUGAAAAACCGUUUGCCUUACGUGAUUCAGAAUCUGAACUAUCUGGUCUGUCAGUGUCGUUUGUUUGCAGUUUGUUGGGUUCAUCUUGCGGUCCUGCUUUUACCUGCUGUUUAUGGGAAUCUGCACUGAGAAUCAUGUAGUUUUUUUCUCACGUGUUUGUUCAAACUAUCAUAUACUACAUCAUUAUUGUCAGAGAUAUAUUUUGUACAAAAAAAAUGAAGUUGUUUUAACAUUAAAAACUAUUUAAGAGUGAGUAACUUAGAAAUAAAGUUGGCUUAUUUAUUUAA